UUGCUGUCCUCCCGUGUAAAGAGGCCGAAGGAAGGUACGAGCACCCGAGAUGAGUUCUCUGAACCGCAAGACUCAAGGAAUGUACAUUCCGAGGUCUUAGGGGCAGGAAGACGAACGCUGUGGGGCCCGCUGGACUUCUCUGGGCACCAUGCUUACCCGAGCUUCCUCUAUAAAGCGUCCCCUCGCCGAUGCGGUCGAGAUUCAACCUCGCAAGAAGAUGAAGACUUGUCUCGAGGAACAUCAAGUCGCUUCCAACAGGGAGGUCAGCCUGGCGCCCUCAAGAAAGCGUCCCCUCGUCGAUGCGGUCGAGAUUCGACCUCGCAAGAGGAGGAGGACUUCUCUCGACGAGGAGCAAUUCGCUCUCAGUGUGCAGAAGAUCGCCCAAGCACCUUCUGCAGAGUUCCCGCUCCAAGAGAAGGACGAGACUGAACAUCGUAAAAACCUUAGUCUCGGAGAACAGCACGUCGCUAAGAACGAGGAGAAGGCUUCCCAGACGCCUUCUGCAAAUAGCCAACGCAAAGACAAAAGGAAACAGAAAUCUUCAUGCGAAGAGCCGGUUGCUGUCCGGCAGGAGCACACCGCCCAGGUACCUCCAAGAAAGGGCGCCCGCAAAGACGAGGGCGAACAGGAGCCACAGCAGACGGCUGUUAAGAUCAAUUUCACUGAAAACAAGAACAGAAUGAGUCAGAUGAAGAAAUCAGAUCUUUUCCAAGAGUGUUCUGAGAGACUGUCUGCCAGGGCACCUAGAUACUCGUUUAAGCAGGAAAUCGCCUUUUUGAGCGGAAUUUGCGAGGAUUAUCAUCUCCCUGUCCUGUCACAGGAGGAGUACCACGCCUGCCUGGAAGGGUUGUCUGGUGCCAGAGACAGGGGCAUUCACCGCAGAUUUCACUUCAACCAGGAGAAAGGACUCGUUCUCAUGUACGCAAAGACUCCCUAUACGUUUAGAAGUAUGGUUCGUGAAGCCCUUGUCAUGAAGUUGCUUGCCGAUCACGACGGCUUCCAGCGCCUUAAGGGCGUCUACCUGAAGAAGCGGUGUCUCGUAACCAAGAACGCCGGAUGGAACUUAUUCCCCAGGCAGCUGAAGGCGAAGCACAAAUACCCCAUCAUGUUGCAGAUCUUCAGGGCCCUGGUGAAGCUGCAUCAGCACGACUUCGCCUACAACAACCUCAAAGCCAGUAACAUUUGCGUCAAGUUCACCCAGCCAGAACCCACGGUGACCCUCACCAGCUACAGGCUCAUCACGGUGUCCAGCAGUCGACCAGGGAUUCGGUCCAAGUCGCUGUUCACACCUGAGCCCCACGAGACCGAGAAUCCGGACAGGCGCGGUGUCGAAUCUGAUGCCCUCGGUCUCGGGAAACUGCUGCAACAGGUGUACAGGAGCAAGGAGAUACCAGGAGUGCUCACGCGUUGGCGCCAGAUGAGCCGAGAGGCGAGUUCGAGUGCGGGCAACCUAAUAUUCAUGCUCCUGAGGGCGCUGCGGGAGCACACAGGUUAACUGAUGACGGAGAUCGUUUUUUAUUCUUUUAUUUUCUAACAUAUUUUUCUUAGCAAGUCAAAAGUAUUGUUUUGUAAUAGAUCCUAUUUCGUUGAUUUCAUCUUUUCAGAAGGAGGCAAUAUUCGCAAUAUGUAUGACAAAGGGAUGUUUAUGUAAAUUUGAAUAAAGAA